AUGAAAAAUGACACUAAACCCACUUCCUGUAUCACGCGUGUAACUGUUAUUUUGCUUGUUUACGUGCCUUUUUCCUCAGACCAGGCGUUGCUGCUGUCCGUGGGUCUGUCUGUGGCUCUGUUGGUUCUGCUGCUGCUCAGUUUCAUUCUUUGCUACCUGCGGAGGAGGAAGAGGAAAGGCCAGAAUCAGUACCAGGAGCUGCCGUCCACCAUCCCGUCUUUACCGUCUUUAUCCUCGGCUCCAGUGAUCCUGGUGUCGCAAGGCUCCUGGGCCACGCCCAGUGAGAUCCCGUUUACUUUGCCUCCUUGCUUCAUCGCACACAACCAUGGAGAUGUAAAAAAAGGGGAGGAGGUGGUGAAAGAAGAGCAGGAGAUGAAGAUGGAGGUUCAGCGGGACGUACUGGCUCAUCGAGGGUCACUGUCAAUCAGAAGCUGGUACCCGGUGGGGACGGUUCUGGCCGGUUUAUACUCAAUUCCUCUACCUCUUAACGAGGUGGUGGCGCCCCCUCCAGGUAUGUCCACCCGCCUCUGCUUCUCGGUGGAGUAUCGAUACAGCAGCGAGCAGCUCCUGGUCUCUCUGCUCCGCCUCGGCAACCUCCCUCCACGUUUCCACGGCAACGUCACACUGGUGGAGCUCCGGCUUCUCCCCGACGACCGGAGGCCUCGCCAGGCCAAAGCCCGAGGAACAGGACCCGACCCCGAGUUCAACGACUCCUUCGUCUUCCAGGUGUCUGGACGGUGUGCGUCUCGCAGCACGUUGAGUGUUUGUGUUCUGAGCGUUCAGCAGGAUGGGAAACGGCGAGCGGUGGGCCGGGUUCUGUUCCCUCUGCAGGGGGAGCUCGGUCAGGCCGGCAGGGUUCUCUGGAGAGACCUGGAGACCGAAGAGGACACUCAGUGUUCGGAGCUGGGCGAUGUGCUGAUCUCUCUCAGCUACAGUUCAUCUCUGCAGCGCCUCUCGGUGGUGGUUUUGAGGGCUCGAGGCCUCCAGCUGCUGACCGAUGCAGGUGUGUAUGUCCAAGUGAGCCUCCAGGUUCAUGCUGAGGUGGUGAAGGUGAAGGUCAGUUGUGUGGUGAAAGCUGAAAGCGACCCGUACUUCAACCAUAGGAUGACCUUCAAGCUGAGACCUCAACAUCUGGACGAGGCCUGUCUGAGGUUCGAGCUGCAGCAGCAGAGCGACGUCUGCUCAGGUCAGAGCCGCUCACCUUAG